AUGUUGAAUGUACAGCUCGUACAUUGGCAACCAGGUGACCAUUUUCAAAGAGAUAUCUUUUGUGAUCAAGUGCCGAUGAUGGAGGUAUGCAAUUCCUGUUUGCAUCCAGCGCCACCCUCUGGCGACUUGAAUACAUCGCGAGAGUUUGACUCUAUAAGGUUAAAUCAGCAGCUUGAAUCACUUGCUCUAGAACUCCAGGCCGGGUCAGAGCAAGUGCAGAAUAUUUGGCACAUAUGGCAUGAUUCAUGUCAGGACUACUCUGAAUCUUUACUGGACAAGCCGCAGACUGCGCCACCACCCGCAUCGCCUACAAUGAAUCCCGUCAACUUGAAAGGUGUAUCAGGUACUUCAUCAACAGAAGGGAUCACACAUCUUGACAUCAUUCCCGAGCUGGACAUCAGUGUCUUGAAAUUUGAUGAUAAUAGCACGAUGAGCAUACAUGACAAGGAAGAGAAUUAA